AUGGUCCCACCUGGAUCCACACCGGCAGUUCCACCGUGCCUUCCGUACACGGCCGCUUACGCAGCUGCACCGAGCUUUAUGCUGUAUUUACUCGAUCAUACAAGGUGGUAUGUAAUUUUUUUUGUGAAAAGAAGUUAUCCAGUUGUUCCGCCUUUAAAAGAUCCAUUUUUGUGUGAUCUUCGGAGAAGUGACAGAUUCUGCUCAAUGGACUAUUUACUAGAUCGCUACUUUUUUGCCAAUUUGCCCUUCGACGUCACGCCUGAAGCUAGAAAGGGAAUUGGACAGAAGGCGUUAACUGUUGUUCAGUGGGCGGAUUGGUUCUGUAAGUAUGAAAGUCCUGUGAAGUUAUUGGGAAAUAACCCUUAUUUCCUUGUUGCUGAACUUCUUUACGUGUUCUUCUGUGCUUUAACGUUUGCACAUGCAUAUCGUCAUGGUGGUCGUUUUCUUUAUACAUGGAUAGCGGCAACAAUAUAUGCGUUCAAUAUUGAAAGUCUUGGUCUGUCGGUCUCUGAUUUGAAUCUAGCCUGGCAUGCCCAGGGGGUUCUCAGCUUUUUUGGCAUGCGAAUUCCACUGUACUGUUUGUUUGGUUUCCACCAUUUGUUUGUGUACACGUCUUAUGUCCUUGUAUGCAGAAUGCGUUUACCGUGGUGGGCUGAGGGACCAGCUGCCGGCCUUAGUGCUGUGAUGCUCCUUCUUCCAUUCCGUAUAUUAGGAACUAAGAUGCUAUGGUGGACUUGGCAUGAUACUGAUCCAACCAUUAAGGAGAGAAUGUUCUGGGUCCCAUGGACAUCGCUCUACUUUUAUGCUGCAACUGUUUGCUCAUUUGUUUGGCUUCUUCGUUUUUCACGAUUUCUGCUCCUGGAAAGAGAAUACGAUUGGAUGAAGUUCCCCAGAGAAAUUAUAUGCUCAUUUUUGGCUGGCGUGCUCUCGUUCUGGCUUGGAACCUUUCAAUUUUCGCUUCUGUACUAUCCGUUGCAUGAUUUCUUUGGUGUGCACUCCGAAAUUGCCACGAUAUUGUUCUUGGCCUUCUAUACUUUGCUAGUGUUUGUAGCUGAUAGGAAUAACGUAGACUCUGAUGCCAGAAGGGGUUCUCGCUACUGGUUCGACGAGUUGUCAUGCGCCAUCACGCUGCAGUACAUAUUCUUAAUGGUAUUAGUGAUCAUUGCUGAUCCAGCUAAUAUAGUUAGCGAGGGUCUUCAUCAAGCCAUUGGGCCCUGUAAAGAAAUGGAAAGUGUCCACACUCCUGCUGGAUCAGUACUUCAAAGAGAGAAAUACCUCUGCGCGACCAAGUACGACGAGAAAUACUUCGAUUUCCAUUGUGUUCCCAAUGGUAUCCCGAAGCAGCAGGAUGAUGGAUCUGGUGUAAUGCUCCCUCUUGAAUAUUACCCUGUUUGCGGAACAGACUUCAAAAAUAGAGCCGAGUAUGUUACGGUGAUCUGGUCGUGUUGCAUUCUUUUCGGUAUAUUCUUCUAUCAAGUGGCUGCAUGUUCUGGAUCAACUCCAGUAGAUCCUAUAAAAGUUCGCCGUCGUGCUGCUCGACAAACUUCAGCGAUUUCGCCAGAGAAGAAUACGGUGACUGUACAAACCUCACCAAAAUCGAACAAAGAUCUCCAGUUCCGUGAACCGUUGAUCUCGACAAAGAACGAUUCACUGACGACACCGUUCGUGCCUCGGGAGAUCUUAAAGGAAACUGAAGUACAGGAGGAAGAAAAUUUAAACACAACGAAAAAGAUUUCACAUCGGCGUAAACGCGAAGGGAUCCCAUCGACGACUCGUGUUCUACGUUCGCGUAGCUACCAAGUCAGUUAG